CCGCCACAACCACAAACCAAGUCUGCCACCGGUCACGGCUCUCUAGGCACUAGAAAACAGCGAGAUAAAGAUAGACGAGGGACUCAAGAGUGAGAGGGGGAGGGAGAAUACGUGUUGAUGUCAGCGUGUGAAUCAGCCAAAUCGCCUGAAAAAACCCACAGCGACUAGUUUGCGCUCUGACUCUUUUGCACAAGGGUAAGCAUCAGUCAACCACAGGCUGACCGCCGAUCACAAUCUCCCGUGUCUGUGAACCAUGCACAGAAUCCAAGGACAGAACCGCCUGGCUGGACCGGUGCAAGGCGACCAUGGGUUUCAGGGGCAAAGCCGGGAGCCCUUCAAAAUUCGGGAGCAGAUCAAGUUGGAAGCAUUGGAUUCGGACGAAGAGGAGAAGCAGCAGCCGAUCACAAUGGCCUCGAACAGCAUCUUCGAAAGUUUCCCUUCCUACCAGUCUUGCUUCCCCAGGGAACCUGUGCCUGGGCGACGCUUCACGCCUCCCUCAACAACCCUGAGCUCGGGGAAGAUGAACGAGGGGUUGCCCCUAGGGGCUCAGGAGAACAGCAGUGCCGCCCUGGUGGGCAAACUCCGCAUGGCUGACCGAAGCAUGGUGGAGGUACUUUCCGACCACCCUGGAGAGCUGGUGCGCACCGACAGCCCCAAUUUCCUCUGUUCUGUCCUGCCAACACACUGGCGCUGCAACAAGACGCUGCCCAUUGCCUUCAAGGUAGUUGCCCUUGGUGACAUCCCUGAUGGCACGCUAGUCACAGUGAUGGCUGGCAAUGAUGAGAAUUACUCUGCCGAACUUCGGAAUGCCACAGCUGCCAUCAAGAACCAAGUGGCCCGUUUUAAUGAUCUGCGUUUUGUUGGCCGCAGCGGACGAGGGAAGAGUUUCACUCUCACCAUCACGGUCUUCACAAACCCUCCUCAGGUGGCAACAUACCAGCGAGCCAUCAAGAUUACUGUAGACGGACCCCGCGAACCACGACGCCACCGACAGAAGCCCGAUGAAGCAGUAAAGCCAGGCGCGUUAGCUUUCUCUGAGCAAUUGAGGCGAAGUGCCAUGCGGUGCAGUCCACACCACGGCCCUGCCCCCAACCCCCGUCCCGCCCUCAGCACGCCCCCCUUCAGCAGUCCCGCCCACAGCCAGAUUUCCGAUUCUAGGCAGAUGCAAACAUCUCCAUCCUGGUCGUACGAGCAGCCAUACCCUUACCUGGGUCCCAUCUCCACCCCAGCGGUUCACCCCACCACACCCAUCUCGCCCAGCCGCAGCGCUUUACACUGUCCAGAGCUGACGGCGUUCACUGACCCUCGUGUCAGUCUGGAGCGUUCCUUCCCAUCGCUCCCCUCCCUCCCAGACGGCCGUUUCUCGGACCCACGGGUUCCGUACCCAACUGGAGCGUUCACGUACACACCCACCCCCGUCACCAACGCCAUCGGCAUUGGCAUGUCAGCCAUGGCCAGCCCAGCAGGCCGCUACCACACAUACUUACCCCCAGCAUACCCUGCUGGCUCCUCCCAGGCUCAGGCCGGACCCUUCCAGGCCGGCUCGUCCCCAUAUCACUUGUACUACAGCAGUGCUGCCGGCUCUUACCAGUUCUCCAUGAUGCCAGGCGGAGGAGGAGGGGGCGAGCGCUCGCCGCCGCGCAUCUUACCGCCCUGCACCAACGCCUCCACAGGCUCUGCCCUCUUGCACCCCUCUCUGCCCAAUCAGAGCGAGGUGGUGGAGGCAGAGGGAAGCCACAGCAGUUCACCAACCAGCAUGUCAGUGGAAGCCGUCUGGAGGCCGUAUUGACGUUUAAAGCAGUCGUUGACUAGUAGGACGAGGGCAGCU